AUGCUGAAUGAAGAAGAGUACAGCAUACAGCUGCACCGCCUUUAUAAUGAUGUGGUAAAGAGUUGGCCAGCAUGCAGGAAUGCCAAUAUCUGUGAAUCAGAUGCGUCUCUAACGUUACAGAUCGAUUCAGCACACGCUAUAUCAGCGAGUUUACGCACUACGAGGCUCUCAUACGUUGAGGUAAAGGUUAUCUAUUCAAAAAUAUAUCGUGAGCCCUUAUUGCUCUUUAGAAUCUGGGACUUUGAAGAAGAUAAUGAUAUACCAAGCUACACACUCGUGUUCCCCAAGGAUAUAGACAGCAUUGUGAAUAAGAGUGCCGAUAAUUGCAAUUCAAUGACGCAGUUUUCUGUCAGCCUCGACAUAUUUAAUGGUGAAGUAUGGUUCAACAUUCACCCAUGCGAUACUACUGACAUUGUCGGGGAUGACAAUGAUUUCAAGAAUGAUUACCUCAAUAGAUGGUUCAGUGUUUUCGCACUCAGCUGGCUGAACUAG